AUCGCAUUCCGUCAAAUUAUAAAUUAUUCAAAAUAACAUCAAAGGCUGUGAUAUGCAAAUUUGCAAAGGUGUAUAAUAUUUUCGAAGUGUUUUUCGUGUUAUUUUUGUAUUAUUACUUAUUUAAUUACUAUCGGAAAUAUUCAUUUUACGUAUUUUGAUCGGCGUUGUUCCAUUUGACGAAUCAAUUUCAUGAACAUUUCGACCGUAAUGUGACCGUUUGAUAAUCAGCCGUUAUCAGUACAAAAUACAACAAAAUAACGUAAUUUGUCAAUUUUUCUCUCUAAAUUACAAUAUCGUGCAUCUAUUUACGUUACAUCGGUGUAUUUUUUACCUCAAGAUGUACGCACAUCAUCUCUUUUUAUACGGUAACCCACCUCAGGACCGGUAAUUUCUAUCAAUGGUGAUAAUCCGUUACUGAGCUCGAGUUCGUAUUACUUCGGAGUACUCAUGAAUGUCUGGAAAUUCUCACAACAUGAAGAAUGCUUGCUGACGAAUAUUGCAAAAUAUCCGUAUUAUUAACCAUCUUGGUAUUCGGGCCAGUUUACUGUUACGCUCAAUAUGACGCGAAUUCAGUCGACAGUUUCGAUCCGAUGCCUCAUCACAACCGAUGCGAGCCGAUCACCAUUUCAUUUUGUCAAAAUCUCGAAUACAAUGUCACCAUUAUGCCUAACUCGCUCAAUCACACGAGUCAAGAAGAAGCAGCCAGUGUUAUCCACACGUAUACACCGGCGAUAAAACACAAAUGCAGCCCGGAUACGCAUUUCUUCUUAUGUACGUUGUAUUUUCCAAUCUGCACCAUACUAGAUACACCUAUACCGCCUUGCAAAUCGUUAUGUUUGAGCGUUAAAAACGGUUGCGAGAAGAUCUUACAAGCUUUCAGCUUUGAUUGGCCUGAACAUCUGAAUUGUGAUAAGUUCCCCGAGCAAGGGGUAUGUGUUAGCAAGAAUGAAUCCACCAUGACUAGCGCUGCUCCUGAUCAUGGUAAGAUUGAUAAUGGAUAUUCAAUCAAAGGAACGCCGCCCGGAUCAGUGCUCAGAAGGAAUAACGAAACGUAUCCGGUGAGCGGUGGUAAUCAUAAAGAUUUCGCGUUUACGUGCCCGGAUCAUUUUAAAGUAGCGAAAGGCUACGAUGAUAGCUUCAAAGUGGGCAGUGUGGUGGCGAAAAAUUGCGGUAUACCGUGCGAUGGCAUGUUCUUUAGUCCGGAAGAGAUUAAAUUCUCGAGAAUAUGGAUUGGUAUAUGGUCCUUUAUAUGCGCUGCCUCGUGUUUGUUCACUGUAUUGACAUUUUUGAUAAACACGUCCAGAUUUCGAUACCCAGAAAGACCGGUCAUAUUUUUGUCGGUGUGUUAUCUAAUCAUAUCGAUUAUUUACAUUGUUGGAUUUUUAUUUGGCGAUAACGUAGCGUGCCGUAAACCAUUCCCGCCACCGGUCGGUAAACCCAAGUUGGCCACUGUUUCCACCGUAUCUCAAGGAACCAAAGGAGAAAUUUGUACGAUUAUGUUCAUCGGAUUGUAUUAUUUUAGUAUGGCAUCGUCGUUGUGGUGGGUGAUACUGGCGUUAACCUGGUUCUUGGCUGCUGGAUUGAAAUGGGGACACGAAGCUAUCGAAGCUAACUCGCAGUAUUUUCAUUUGAUGGCUUGGGCUAUUCCGGCUAUCAAGACGAUUACCAUAUUGGGCAUUGGUAAAAUAGAAGGUGACGUACUAACUGGAGUUUGCUUCGUCGGUUUAUGGAAUACAGAUAUGUUGAAAGGUUUUGUCCUGACGCCGCUAACAAUCUACCUAAUCCUGGGCACAAUCUUCCUAGUAUCCGGUUUCAUAUCACUUUUCCGUAUCCGAACAGCCAUGAAACACGACGGCACCAAGACGGAUAAACUGGAAAAGCUCAUGUUACGUAUAGGAGUAUUCUCAGUCCUAUACAUGGUUCCAGCUAUAACCGUCAUCGUUUGCUUAUUCUACGAGCUAGUGAAUUUCGAUCACUGGAUGAUCUCGUGGCAUUGGCAAAUCUGCCAGAAAUCGCAAAACUACCUAAUACGGUGCCCGUCGAAUGGAGGAGACGGAAGGAAACCUAGUUUUUAUAUGUUUAUGCUUAAGUAUCUUAGUUCGUUGAUCGUAGGUAUCAGCUCGAGCGUUUGGAUGUGGUCGGGUAAAACUGUCUCGAGCUGGAAAGAAUUGUUUCACAGAAUUCAAGGCAAAACCUUGCAUACCUACGUGUAGUGCUUUUUUUAGUCAAAUUUUUAACAAUUUUGUAAAUUUAUGUAUUCUUACAAAGUGUUUUAUUUAUUUUUUCCUGGUUUGUUUGUAAGUAUGUUACAUUGUUAUGUACAUAAUGUAUUAUGUAUGUAGAUGUUAUGUGUAUUCUUUAUCAUGUGUAUGUUGGUUGUCUUUACCAUUGUUGUUAAGAAAGGAUGCUCUGAUUUAUAUUCUAUGAAUCGCAAAUUUCGCUAAUACGUUGUGAUUUUUCAUGAGCUUGUGUUUGACAUUGAUUUUAUUUUUCUUUUCAAUUUUGUGUUCAGUUUUGUUUAUUUAUUUUGUGUUUUGUUUUUUCAAGUAUCAGCUAUGAGGGGUGUUUUUUAAAAAAAUUUUUUGACUGAAUUAUUUGCAAUAUUCGAGUAUUAUUGUGUUUUGAUAUCAUUUAUUCGUCGAGUGAUGCGUUUUUCCAUAUCAAAUUCACUUAUUAUUUAUUUUUUUUUUGGAUUUUUAUAUUUUUACCUAAUCUUUAAAGGAAAUUUUUACUUAUCGAUUUUAAUUUUUUUUUAAUCGUUUAUAUAAUUCCUACUUGUAUCAACGCCGUCUGUGUAUGAGCUUUUUUCUCAACGAAUUGCAUUCGAAACGCGUUUUAAAAAUUAUCUUCGAUUUUAGUUGCUUAGGAAUUGUUUUUUUUUUCUUCCUUAUCGGUUUGGAUAUUGUACCGGGUGUGAUUACUCUUACUACAGCGAACUAUUUUCUAUUUGGAAUCGCUAGGAAACUACCUAUUUGAAAUGAUUUGAAAAUGUUUAUUCCUCGAUAAACUACUUACUUUUUUCAGUAAAAACCUUUGACUUUCAAGAACUAGGAAUGGUAUAAACAUUUCAAAUUUGUGUCGAAUAGGUUUAGUUAGACGUUUAGUGUUAUUUCUGAUUGAAAAUUCUCUGUCUUAUGAAGGUAGUUUCUCAUCAUUGUUAGACGUGAAUCUCUAAUUCACAAGCGUGCUUUUUCAAUUCUUAUUUAUAGCUAUUUAUUUUUUUAUAUGUUCAUUUUUUUCCUUGUGAAAUUUAUCGUGUAGUUUGUUAAUACAAAAUAAAUUUUUUACGCAUUAAUUGCAACUUACAA